UUUUUUUUUUAAAUUUUGUGUCAAAUUUGGGAGACUAGAAAACUGAAUGUCCCGUUCAGUCAACUAGGACCAGGUGAUGCAUGCAGUGGGUAGAGCUUUAGGGGUUCCUUAGAAUCUUAGCCUGAUCAGUAGCAUUUUCUGCCAUUCUGUAACACGUAUUUCUAUUUAAUUGCUAACAGUGAAGCCAUCCUAAUCUCUCUUACACAAUGACCUCGUGGAAUUCAUCAAAUUAACUCAUUGGACCAUCUAAAUGGUUUGCCACUAACAUAUCCUAAUAUCUAACGCGUGUUCACAAAUAUAUUCAUAAAAUAUAAGUAACGCUUGCUUCAACAAUCAGAUAGGGAAAAUGCUAUACAUAUAUCGAUUGCAAACAGCUUUACCAUACGAGUGACUCAUCUCUCGUACGAUUGUUUUCUAUUGAUUUUAAGACGGUGUUUUUGACGGUAGAUAAACCUGGUGAUUAAUUUAUCGCGCGAAAGAGUUCCCUUCACCUCACUCUAGGUCACACAGAUGUUUACCUUUCACGGUAGUAAAAUUAUGUCAAAAAGGCUUUAAACUCUGUCAAGGAUCUUGCACGGUUUUUAAUAAGCUUUAUGUGAAGAUCUAACAGGACAAUAGACUUGAGGUAUAAGGCAAUGCUCUAAGAUUUAUCUUAUUAAUUUGAAUUGCUAUUUCCGGACAGUCUGACGUUCAACACAGGAUAAAGUUCGAGCUUUGAUAAUAAGUUUAAUCUCUCGAAUACACUGACAGACAGACAUGUGGUAGGGUCAGUUUACUGUUACUAUUAAUAUAUUAUCGAUAUCAGCAUUAAUCUCCCAUCAAACACACGCAGAUACAUAAAUACUUACAAAUGAUACCGUUCCUUCUGUACAAACAAAAGGUUACCUUCUAAUUGGACAGAUGAAUGAUCAUCUCGUUGUACUUUGUGAAUGUUGGUCAGUCGAACAUGUAAUACUUACAAUAUCCUGUUACACAUACAUAGAACAUGCAAUCAUAAUUAAACUCAAUACUCUUGCGGAUGUUACUCCUAAUAUCAAACAAAAUAUUUUUAUCUUCAGUAUAUAAAUUCGCUCAUUUUACUGCAGUCUCAAAAUAAGUAAAAAUAAUAAUAUUUUACUGCAUGUAAUAAUCCAUGCAAUAGAAAAUUAUGCCGCGAAUAUGGCAGUAUCAUAUGAAAGAGAUCAUUAUGAUUAAUAAAGGUGUAAUAAAUUAACACACAAAUUCACUGUCUACGGAGAUCCAAAAACCGCAAUAUAUCCUAUUGACCAAUCAUUGCUUCGCCAGAUCAACACAGCAAAAAGCCGACUUGGCUACUUUCCAGAAUGAACCGGAUUGUCAACAAAAUGAGGUAGCUCCGCCCAUUUCAGUUUGUUGACAUCGAGAGUUGUGUAUAAAUACGAAAAAUGACAUCAGAUUUCUCAUUAUCUUCUACAGAUAGAAACAGAACACACUCUACAAGAAAAUUGUAGCUUGGAAUCACUUUUUGGAAUUUAGCAGUUUGAUCUCACUGUAGUAUAAGAAAUGCUCCUGAAACAGGAAAGCCCUAAAUUCAUAGAGAGAGAAAUGACCUGGAUAAGUUCUCUCCCAAUGGUGACCACACUUUUGAGCGGCCGCCAUGUCAUCAUCGACUUCAUGACAGAACAGCAGCUUACAGAGACCUACUGUAUGAUACAAGAGGCCGCCCAACAUGGGGACGGAUAUGGUAUCGACGAAUUCGAUUCUGAAAAAGACUUCCGUCGAGAAAUUGAAGGAAGUGACUGUUUUGCCGUGACUUGCAAAGAAAGUGGUGAACUGUUAGCUGGUUUCAUCUUAGCUAUUAGCAAGUUCUACCGUGGUGCAAAUGGAGUGGUGGAUCCAUUCAUUAUUGUCAAACGCUCCGAGAGAAACCAGAAGCUGGGCGAAUUCUGCAUGCGAAAAGCCAUUGAACUCUCAACGAAGAUUGGUUACAUGGGCAUGUAUGUAGACACAUUUUCCAACAAUAUUGCCGUCCAGCGAAUCAUUGAAAAGAUCGGUGACUUCCAGAAAGUUGGCUUCCUCCCACUAGGAGGCAAACUUAAAAAUGGACAAUUGGUUGGUUCCGUCAUCUAUUACCGGGAUCUGUCCACAAUAACUGAUGACACGUGAAAACUUUGGACUUGAAUCUGGGUCUAAUACCCAAUUAGGCCCACCGUGACGAGGAAAAAACUCUUAACAGAAGAAACCUCUUCUCUGUUACAGCCCGCACUGUUUCGGUAUCGAAAUCUGCAACGUUGCGCGUCCACCUUCCACUGGCCAAAAGAGAAUAACUAUAAAUCUCACUGUGAUGUGGAUGAGUCGAACAGUUAUGACGCUAAGUUGACUGAUUAUGAUCAGUUUUGCACAUACGUCAGACUGUCACAGUAAAUAUAUUUUUGAUAUAUGUUUAAAUGAUACCACAAGCUGUAUUCAAUGAUUUAAUCAUACAAUCAUUGGUGCUGUUGAAUAUAAUUUUGUUCUUUUGACAAUUAUAUUGUUACAUUUAAUAAAAAGUAUUAAAACCAUG